CAGAGGAAAAACUGUUUGGAGAGAGAAGAAACCAAUCUUCAAAGGCACAGACAGACCUCUUCUGCUGUGAGAGACCGACUUCUACCUGUAACCUCAAAGUCUCCUCAAAAAGGCCGUGAUGCUGAAGCCAUGGACAGUGCUGGUGGCCUUAGUGCUGUGUGUGCUGGUGUGUCUGGGAACACUGGCGGACGCCUACCCCCCCAAACCUGAGAACCCUGGUGAAGACGCUGCCCCCGAGGAACUGGUCAAGUACUACACUGCCUUGAGACACUACAUCAAUUUGAUCACCAGGCAGCGGUAUGGAAAGCGUUCAACUCAGGAGGAUGUGGUUGCAGAGCUGCUGUUUGGUGGCGACAGCAACAGAGACCAGAGAUCAAGAUACGACGACUCCUACAUGUGGUGACUCCGCCGCCCCUCUCCCUCCUCAUGGAGCAUUCCCUCAGGGUGCAUCCCACAAUGCACCUGGAGGGGCCGACAUGUGCCUCUCAUCUCUGACCCCUGAAACCGACCCUGAACUGAAGACCAUCACUGACCGAAGCUGUCUUUGUCUCUCUUGUCACUGUCUCACAUCUUUCUCAAUACAAC